GCAGUUUAGACGUGAUCCGAGAAGUUCGGUCCGGGAUGUCGCCAAUAAGCUGAAUUUGUCAAGUUCAUUCGUCUAGCGGACCAAGCAGCGGGAGGGCCUGCGUACAUACAAGGUUCAGAAGGCUCCUAACCGCGACGAAAGGCAAAACAUGGUGGGGAAGACGCGAGCCCGGAAGCUGUACACCGAAAUGCUGACGAAGCCGCAUUGCCUGGUAAUGGACGACGAAACCUACGUCAAAGCGGACUUUCGUCAGCUGCCGGGCCUGUUGUUCUUCUCCGCAGAGGACAAAUUCAGCGUUCCGGAGGAGAUUCGUAAGCAGAAACUAUCCAAGUUUGCCAAAAAGUACAUGGUGUGGCAAGCGAUCUGCUCUUGCGGAAAGCGGAGCGCCCCCUUCGUGAUGACCGGCACGGUAAACGGGCAGAGUUAUGGACAGCUGAGGCUUAUCGCGGGUCGAGUGACAGAUCCAUAAGAUAAGCAAUAUUUGAAAUUAUAUUUAGAAAAGACCCCAGCGAAGUUGAGGGCAAACUAUAAGUUACGGAUCUAACUCGGCUCAAACGGCUGGAGCAGCAGCUUAAAGAGUCCAAUACUGCGCUCGCUGCUUUGGACCGCGCGUAAUGCGACACCCCUACUCGACAAUACCGGAGCGUGGGACAGUAGCAUUCCCAUUUUAUGCUGACUUGCCGCAGGCGCGACAAACGGCGACAACAGAACACCGGUCGAUAUUAUAUUUCCCCCCACCCCAACAGCAGUUUUAGCGUGAGAGUUAGGGGUUAGGAUAGGUUUAGAUUAUACUUUGAAUCAAAAAUAAAAGUUAGUUCGAUGUUAGCGCUCGAAGAAAAACGUGUGUUUAGUUUUUAAAAACUCCUUUUACAAUCAAAAAACUCUAACUGGCGCAGUCGGUAGGAUUGCGCGCAGGAUCAGCUCCGCGAGUGUAGUGUUGUGCUUUUUUACAGCGUUGUUGAGGGAACAUCAACAACUUACCAACACACCCGGCAGAAGUUAGUCCUCGCGCAAAGGACAAUUGACAACAUCAUGGACCCCAAGGUACUCGCAUGGUUAAUCACUCUUGGUAUAAUCCUCUCGGCACCCUCAACAAGCAAUCCAUCCACAAUCCAGAUAACUGACCUUCACCAAAAUCCCGGCCUACUAACUCUAGACGUAGGAAAAACCUUAGUAAAAAUUGGAAAACACCAAAUCUACUAUAUUAUCGAUUUACAACGAUGUGAACCAAUUUUUGCUAAGCUAGAAGUCAUCCUACAAGGACUACAAACCUUCCAAAACUUCACGGAUUUAAAUAAAAUACUAGAGUCAAAGUUUAGCAAUACUCGGAAGAUGUUUCUCAAUCUAAUGCCAAAACAUAGGAACAAAAGAGGGUUGCUCAACUUUCUCGGUACAACCAUUAAGCAAAUUACCGGAAAUUUGGACAAUAAUGAUUUAAUCGAAAUUUCGGAAAAUAUAAGGAAACUCGAACUCAAUAAUGAAAUAUUAAUCAAUGAAAACAACGAACAAGCGAGAAUAAAUCGUCAAAUUCAAGACAGAAUGAAUCGAAUAAUCAAGCAAUUAGAAGAAGAUCACGAUCAAGUAAAGAAAGGUAUAAUUCAAUCAAGGGCAAGCUCAGGGAUAACGAAAGCUUUUAGUGUGCUACAAGACUUCUUAAAGGUCAAUAUGCUGCUUGAUAACAUAGGAAAUCACUUAAAAACUAUAUUUGAGACGAUACAGUUAGCAAAAUUACGUAUAAUUUCAAAAGAUAUCCUGUCUCCUGAGGAGCUGAAAAUUAUAUUCAAACAAUUUGAAAUGCAAAAACUUGUUGUCGGAAGCACAGAUCAAUUGUACCAAUACCUUGAAAUUAGCGCGUUCUAUAAUCAAACUAAAAUUAUUUUUGUGGUAGAAGUCCCCAUAUUUGACAUACCCGUCUAUAGAACCCUUUUAGUAGAACCCCUUAUAAGCAGAAAUAGAACACUUAAAACACCGUAUCUGUCGCCUGGAAAACCUUUUCAAUUCAACCCACGAUGGCUGCUUUUCACACCUUUUAAAUGGAACCUCAGCAACCUGCUCAUUCAAAGAAGUACGUCGCUCGUCGGAAAUCAAAUCCUUAACCCCCAAUCACCUGGUUGUAAAGCAAAUAAGCAAUCAAAAAAUUAUCACCUCCUGUGGAAUCCAGAAUCGAACGCUAACAGGCACCUUUUUGAUUGAGUAUCAUAAUUGUACCAUCAACAUUGAUGGGUUGGAAUUUACCAACAAGGAGUGGUACAGAACCGAUCAACUAUUCAUCGUUCCACUAGACGGCUUGGAUAUCCAAGUUGAAGAUAUAGAGCCAGAAAUGAGCUUCGAACAAAUCCACCUCGAUACCAGACACCAUUUGGAUACUCUGAGGAGGAGCGCUAAUUCUACCAUUGCCACGUCGAUAACCUUAUCAGGCGUUAGCCUGCUAAUCGGGAUAAUCGCCUUUAUUUUCUUCCUAAGCAGCAAAAUCAACAAUGUCAAAUCCAACAGGAGAACUGAAUGCGAACCUGAGCACAUCAAAAUUCAGGUGGGCCCACUUACAGAAAUUGGACAACCCCCCACAUUAGCCGUGAACGAGGACGUCUCGGACUUCAAGGAGGGGCCAGAUACGGAUCUAACUCGGCUCAAACGGCUGGAGCAGCAGCUUAAAGAGUCCAAUACUGCGCUCGCUGCUUUGGACCGCGCGUAAUGCGACACCCCUACUCGACAAUACCGGAGCGUGGGACAGUAGCAUUCCCAUUUUAUGCUGACUUGCUGCAGGCGCCGCAAACGGCGACAACAGAACACCGGUCGAACACCCCUGAACGUAGAGCGGAAGGUCGAAAGUGGUCGUCCGGUGACGAUAA